CGGUUGGCCAAUAAGAGCCAGGGGGCGGGGCGUGGUGCCGGCCGGUACCGGAGGUCGGGCGCGGAGCGGCGGCAGGCCGGGGGUUCGCGGGUUCGAGACCCGGCGGGGGCGGGAGGCUCCCCGUCCUUGCAGGCACCAUGUCGUCCGGUCAGGAAUCUGUGUUCACCGAGUACGAGAGGGAAAGCAGCCAGACGUCGAAGCUGCUGCGGAAAUUUAAAGAGACGCCUUUUGUGCCCAUCGGGAUGGCUGGCUUCGCCGCGGUGGUGGGCUAUGGGCUGUACAGACUGAAGCACCGAGGGAACAUGAAAAUGUCGCUUCACCUGAUUCACAUGCGUGUGGCAGCCCAGGGCUUCGUCGUGGGAGCAUUAACGUGUGGUGUGCUGUAUUCAAUGCUACGGGAGCACGUGAUGAAGCCCAAGGAAUAAUGGAAGAACCUAAACCUCUGUCCUGGUGGUGGCCUGUGUACUGCAGCUAUCAACUUAAUAUUGAGGGGUUCUUGAGGGGGAAAAAAAUAUGUGGCUUGAGAGAAUUGCCCUUUAUUUUGUGUAUGGUACGCUGUCCUGAGGCUGGCAGUCUAAAUGAUUGCAUAGUAGGUAAAAUGGGUAUCAGGGUCUGGUUCUUUUUGAUUUACACUACUCUAUUCCAGUUUUUAGGGGAUAUAGUAGAGUACAAUCACUUUAUCCUCCCCUUGAGCAUUAGCUCAGUCCUGCAGUUGGUGACUUCUCUUGCUGCUGUUGCCCAAAGUGACAAAGUUUGAACUAGCUUCUGUCAGGCAGAGGCCACCUCUGUAAGAUAGCAUUGUGAAUGCUGUGAAUGUUCUGCUGUCACUUCCUAUCCUGUAUAUUUGUCAGCCUCCAGCUGUGUAAUUUAGAAGCUUCCAGUAACACUGACUUCUAAAAUACCAAGAUAUCUAUAGACAUCUAUUUUAUUUUUUUAUUUAAGGCAUAAGAUAAAUAUGUGGUGUGUUUCAGCUAUUUAAAUGUUAUAUUUAUUAAUUGUUAAUGAAGACACCAGCUCCCUAUUUUUACUCUAGGUUUUCAGAUGCUUAGAUUACUGUAUUUUUUAACUUUAUUUACAGUGUUCUUCUGGGUAACAUUUAAAUGUAACAUUUAAAAUGCACUUUGAUUUGGUGUUCUAAUGCUUUUAAAAUGUAUGAUCGAACUUCUGCAGUACCAUUCCCCACAGAAGGUUUAAAAUGUUUGAAUCUGGAAAGCUCCCUCAUCCUUCGUGAGGUGUAAAACCUUUCUCUGCAAAGCGCCAGUGUUAUUUUACGCAGGAACCCCUUGAAUCUCUCAACAGCAGUCACAAAGAUGUGUUGAUGAAGCAAAAUUUGU